CCCCAUUUAUAUAUUUUGUGUCUCUGAUCUCUCCAUAUUUUUUUUUGAGACUUUUUGGAAUUUUCUUUCAGAGUAAAAAGGACUUUCCUAUAAGGGUGCAUCACAGAUUUCGUUGUGCGUAAGUUUCAAAAUUUUCCUGUUAGUUGUGUUCAAUAAUCAUUCUACCAUUUCACAAAUAUGGAUGUAAUGGGGGACUAUAGUAAAGGAAAAAUUAAAGGUCCUAUUAGUAUAACAUCAGCUUUAACUUCAGCAUUUCUUGAAUGGUUGCUCAUGAUUUUUCUGUUUAUUGACGGUGGUUUCGCCUACUUAGUCACGAAGUUUGCCCAGUAUUGCCGAUUGCAAGUUCCAUGUUUGCUUUGCUCAAGACUGGAUCAUGUUCUUGGCAAGGAAAGAGCUGGAUUUUACUGGGAAUUAAUCUGCCCCAAUCAUAAGUAUAGGAUAUCUUCAUUAGUUCUUUGUCAUAAUCACAAUAACCUUGUUGAUGUUCAUGGGAUGUGUGAGAGUUGCCUUUUCUCGUUUGCCACAGUAAAUAAGUCGAAUGCUGAAACCUACCGAUUGCUGGUUGGAAAACUGGGGGCAGAGCCUCACCUAACUGAUGAGGAUCCUUUACUCGAGGAGAAAACAAAGAGUUCGUCAGGAGUAAGAAAAUGUUAUUGCUGUAAAGAGGAAUUUGUUACCGGAGGAUAUGCUCAAAAAUUGUUCAAGAUUACAUCUUUGUGUGCUGACACAGUUGAACUCGAUGCACCUUUGUCUGUGACUAAUGGACAAGAGAGGGGUGACAGCAAGGAGAUUGAAAAUGAGGCAUCGACAUCAGUCUUUGUUCCUUCACCUCGUUUGGAGUACAAAAAGGUAAAGGUUAUCUCUGAUUCUGAAUCAGAAGCUGCACACUCGGAUAGUGAUAGUGCUAGUCCUCUAAUCCGUGCAAGGGACUAUUCCUUAGACUAUUUAUCUGAUAGAUGCUUGCAUCCAGAACCUCAAAUUUUUACCGUCACUGAUGACUUUGCUACCGAGAAAUUAAUACAUUCGGCUUCAGUGCCUGAACCAUCACUUCUGGAUCCAGAAAUAGACUUAAUGACUAGAGAUUUUUCGGCUAUUGCAACCUCGGCUGCAGUUGUUGGGCUUGGAUCAGAGGAAGUUAGCUGGCCGCAACCUGAACUGAAGGCUGAUGCAUCUGUCCCAUCUGAUCUCAUAAGUUUUGAUGAAGUCAACCUGUUGUCCAAUGUCAAGGAAAAUCUUGUUGAUCUAGCAAGAGAGACCUCAGCAGGUGAGACGGUCUACCAAGUUGUCGAAGAUUGUGGGGAAGUCUCCAGGUCAAAAAGUGAUGAGAUCCCAAAGAGCGAAACAGAAUUGGAUUCUAAACCAGAGCCAAAUGAGAGUAGUUCACAGACAGAUGAUGCUUUUGAUCUAGGUGAUGCUUAUAAGCUGGCCGUUGGAAACAAAGGGAGGCAAUUAUCCGGAAAGUUUUUGGAGCAGAGGUCAUUCAAGGAUUCUACACGAAUGAGUGAAGAUCUAAAGGUCCUACUUACACAACUGUCUGCUGCUCGUGGUACUGAUUCUAUAUUGAGUGAGAUGAGCCCGAGGGUGUCUGUAAAUGGUGAGGAAUUUAGAACUCUUGAAGCAUCUAGCUCUAUUGGAAUGCAGAUACUUCAUCAAAGGAUCUCGCUCGAGAGAAAUGAAUCUGGUUUAUCUCUGGAGGGAAGCACAGUGAGUGAAAUUGAAGGUGAGAGUGUGUCUGAUCGUUUGAAACGACAGGUGGAGUAUGAUAGAAAAUUAAUGGCUGCUCUCUAUAGAGAGUUGGAGGAAGAGAGAAAUGCAUCCUCAGUUGCUGCAAAUCAGGCGAUGGCAAUGAUUACAAGAUUGCAAGAGGAGAAGGCAGCACUACACAUGGAAGCUUUGCAGUGCCUAAGAAUGAUGGAAGAACAAGCUGAAUAUGACAACGAAGCACUGCAGAAUUCAAAUGAUCUUCUUGCGCAGAAGGAGAAAGAGAUCCAAGAUUUUGAAACUAAACUUGAACUUUACAAGAAGAAACUUGGGAAUAUGGCUCUCUUUGAGGAUGCACUCGAGGCAAGUUAUGAUUCAAAUAAAGCUAAGCAAGCUGAUACAAUGUGCAGUGAUGACAGUUUGACUGUUCCUGGCGACGUAAUUGCUCAUAAUCCCACCACCAGCAGUAGAAGUGGUGAGGUCUUGACACCAUUGGGAGUGGAUAACAUAGAUAACGGGAGCCCCUUGCUUGAUUUGGAAAGUGAAAGGGAGCAACUUGUGCUUUGUUUGAACAAAUUGGAAGAAAGGCUCCUUUUGCUCUCUAAGCAUGAGGCUAGUCAAGACUUAGCUAAUGUUAACUGCGAGUUUUCAACAGAAGAAUGGGUUGAAGUAGGUAAUCCAAAAGAAUUGGACCAUAGGGAGUCUUCUAGAAGUAAUGGUGAAAUAGAGGAAAAUGUUCCCCUAGAGUCAAUCACAGACAGAAGCCCUUCUGGUGAAGAAGGAUCUAUUAGCAAGUUUCCAGAAUCACUACAGAAAGGAAGGGAUGGGAGCAAAUCUGGGCAGUGCACUAAUGGAGAUUCUGAGUUAGAGAGUCUGAAAAAUGAGUUAUCAGUUUUGAGCAGCAGACUGGAAGCACUUGGUAUAGAACAUAGCUUUCUUGAUCAUUCCAUCAACUCAUUGAGGAAUGGAGACGAGGGACAUCGAUUGAUUGAAGAGAUAGCUGGUCACUUGCGACAGUUGCAUUUUGUUUUGGAUAGAUCAAGUGGUGAACUUGCGCAUUAAUAAAGAUUAAAUUAAAGAUGAUUCUUUCUCCUAGAGCAUGAAUUGUACAGUUUUUGGGUGAACUCAAGCAUGGUUUCUCCCAUUAGUAGAAGUCUACAAACAACAUUUUAGCUUUGUGUGAUAUGGUUUUUUUCAGUGAUUUUUUUUGCUUUAUUCGUCCUUUUUGAUUCAUUAUUACAUUUGUUUCGAGUAAAGAUUGUUUGUAAAGUUGAAACUCAAUAUCCCUAUAAUUUGAUGUAAAGUUUUGCUAGAGUGGCUUGAAUCAUGAUAUUAAUUUGGUGGAUUAAUGAAUUUGUUGUG